GGGCGGUGCGUGGGGCCGGAUCCCAUCCCUUAGACGCCCGAGCCUCGCGGCGCGGUGUGCGAACUGCGAGCGACACGCGCCAGUGUUGGGGCCGAGUCCCGCGACGCCAGCCAGUGCGCCGCCUCCGAGAAACCCCGAGCAGUCCGCACCUGACAAGCGACCCCGCCGGAGUUCCUUGCAGUCGGCUGGUGGGGCGCCGGCCCGGGAGCCGGGUGCUUCAUGCCCAGGAAACCAGGCCAGCUCUGCCCCAUGCUAAACCUGAGCGGGGUCGGAGUUCACGGAGAAGCGGUUACCCCACUUGUAUGAGGAUGUAGACCCAUCCUACACGUGGGCGCCCGCCUCGCUGAAACUGAGUCAGCCACAACAUGGCUGUUUUUAUAAAGAAAAUGGUGGUUUCUGCUGUAAACCCUCUCCUACGUCUGAGUCCUUGCACGACGACAUCCCGUGCGCUCUCCACACUCCUGCUGGGUCCCCUGCGCGUUGCAGUCCCAGCAGGGGCGCAGCCCAGCAAAGUGGUGGCCUCACCCCUCUCCUGCUGCCCCUUGCCUUUCCUGCAGCCUGCUCUGGGGUUCAAGACCAAGGGCGUCCUGAAGAAGCGUUGCCGGGACUGUUACCGGGUGAAGAGGCGUGGGCGGUGGUACAUCUACUGCAAAACGAACCCAAAGCACAAGCAGAGACAGAUGUAGCUCCUUUGGCUGUGAAAAUAACAUGCAAGAUUGUACCAUUUCCUAGAGAGAUGGUGUUAACUUACCAAAAAAGAAUUAAAUGUAAAUGUUCUGGUUUCUAA